AAUGUGGGUAUGGUAUACGAUGAUCCAGUGACUUUGACACUAUAAAGUUUGUACGAUUAUUACGCAGUUAUCAUUGGCGCUUGUGGGUGAAGAUAUAUCGGGUCUUUUUUCUUGCUGUAUGCUUUUGUUUUUGUAUGCAGCAUCCAAUGCCCUUGCUCGUUGCAUUGCUGUUCAUAUAGAACGUCUUUCAUUCCUUUCCGAGAUCACGCUCCUUACUACGUACAGCGAUUUUUAUUUAGCAUUCAUGGUUGGCUUGCUGUCUUUGAUUCCCCCGCUCGAAGCACUGAUUCUGCAUAGAGAUAGUGCGAGAUACGUCUCACGCUCUCUUUUUCUAUUCGAUAGCUUGGUUGGAGAAUGGUCUCAGGAUCCAACUAAACGGAAAAGCUUUCUUUUUCUCUGAUAUAUAACUGAAGCACUAGGUGUAGGACCCUGGGUGGAUAUAGUAGAAAAGAUGAAACGGCAUGGGCUCCUGUUAAUAUAACACUGUUGCCGUUGUCACUCCCUUAUGGGCAAGGAUUCACCCGGCGACGAAAAGAAAA